AUGACGUCCCUCAUUGAUACAGCCCUUACGACCAGUCAUGAAAUCCCAACAGAUCGUCCCGCAAAACCUGUCAUGCAACAGGACACCGCCGAGAACAACAAAGCAGAGAAACUCGGUGUACAGCCACCCAAGAAAUACAGACACACCUUUGCUGUCCAUUCUGCUACCAGAGCCUCAUGUCUGAGCCAGGACUCAGCUGCGCCCACCAGCUUUACUGGAUUCAGAAAUCUGGGUGCGCUGGUGAUCAUCGUUUCCAAUCUGCGAUUGAUGAUUGAGAACUUCAAAAAGUACGGUGUCUUGAUCUGCAUCCAUUGUCACGACUAUCGCCGGCAGGACGUCGUGUACGGCAGUAUUCUGUACUUCUUGGUCCCUUGCCAUCUGUUCGUCGCCUACAUCAUUGAGCUUGUUGCUGCUCAGCAGGCCAAGGGCGCUCUCGCCAGAGCCAAAAAGACGGGCGUUGAUGCAGCAGCCAACUCAAAUCAACGAAGGCAGGAACUACGAGCCUUCCGUACAGCAUGGCACCUGAUUGCCUUUGCACAUGGCGUCAAUGCUACCCUCAAUCUGGCUCUCGCAACUUACGUCGUGUACUAUCAUAUCCAUCAUCCUGGUAUCGGCACGUUGUGCGAGCUACACGCUGUGAUUGUAUGGCUCAAGACGUGUUCGUAUGCUUUUACCAACCGCGACUUACGACACGCGCUGCUAUAUCCUUAUGCAAGCGAAGUCCCCAAGCUCUACAGCUCUUGUCCUUAUCCACAAAACAUCACUCUCCGCAAUCUGACCUACUUCUGGUGGGCUCCAACUUUGAUCUACCAGCCAGUAUAUCCCAGAACGGAGAAGAUUCGAUGGCCUUUCGUCUUCAAGCGUUGUGUCGAAGUUGUUGGGCUCAGUAUCGUCAUCUGGAUCGCCAGUGCCCAAUACGCAGCUNNCCCCCUUUUGAGAAACUCAUUAGGCACUAUCUCUUCGCUUGAUCUACCAUCUAUUGCCGAGCGCCUCAUGAAACUCUCAACCAUCUCACUCUUCUGCUGGCUAGCUGGAUUCUAUGCCCUNUUCCAAUCGUUCCUGAAUGCGCUUGCAGAAGUGAUGCGCUUUGGCGACAGGNNGGAGUUCUACGGGGAUUGGUGGAAUAGCAGUGGUGCCAAGUAUGGCAGUGCCAGUAAGCCGCAGUUUUGGAACAUUGCAUAG